CGUGUCAACAAACACGCCGGCCGCCUCGCCGGUGAUCAUAAAACGGCCCAUUGCAUUAGCCUCAAGACGGUAUAGAGCACCCGCAGUCCUUCAGUCGUCGGCUGUCCGCGCUCGCGCGUUCACCUCAAUCAGGCGCGCUCGUGAAAUAAAAGAACAAUUCGCGCGUGUUUGAUUUGUGCGUGAAGUUUCAAGUUCCAAAUUCAAAAGUGACCGAGGAGGUCAGAGACGACAGUGACGGAUGCGGCGGCAAGUUCACAGCUCUGAUCGUGUCCGAUAAGUUCCAGGGGAAGCCGCUGUUAGCCAGGCACAGAUUGGUGAACGCAGUGCUAGCCGAAGAGUUAAAGACCAUCCAUGCGUUCACACAGAAGACGCUGACCGUGGAACAGUGGAAGCAACAGUGAUAUGUUGUAAUAUAAAACGAAUAUAAGUUUUGUGUGUUUUCUUCAACCUUACCAGAGACAAUGUUGAACACUAUGGAUUUGUUUACUGUGAGCGUGUCGGCUCCCGGCAAAGUGAUACUGCACGGUGAACACUCUGUAGUCUAUGGCAAGAUGGCGAUCGCCGUCAGCCUCGGACUAAGGAGCUCUAUUGUUAUAAAGGAAAUAAACUCCAACCGCGAACCGGCAGUCCAUAUACACUUGCCGUGUGUGGACCUUCAGGAGGUCAUCCCGCUGGAGCCGACGGUCAAGAGUCUCUUCAACCCGAAACUGGCGCCAGGCAUCACCGGCAAGUUCUCCUGGAGGCUGCCCGACAAGAUCGACCAUGAGUACCACCUGCGCAGAGUCGACGAAUUCCUGCACCUCAUCAAACCGAACUUUGACUCCCUCCAGAGCAACCAGAAGAACUCCUUGAGAAGCUUCCUGUACGUUUUCUCUGGGAUAUUCGGCAGCACCCAUCUACCAGUGAGGUCCAUGGAGAUUUCCAUGGGUUCGGAGCUGACCAUCGGAGCUGGAACUGGAAGCUCAGCGUCCUUCGCCGUCUGCUUGGCCGGUGCCUUGAUCCAGCUACUCAAACUGAAGAGCUCGUCAGGCAGUUUUGAUGCCUAUUAUCAUCAGAGCAGCGAGGACUUUAGCAUGACCGAGAAGGAGAUAAUUUCGGAAUGGGCGUACAACUGUGAGAGGAUCAUGCACGGGACGCCAUCUGGCAUAGACAACGCGACGUGCACAUUCGGCUCCCUGGUCUCGUUCAAGAAGGGCAGCAAGCCACGCCAUCUAUCCAUCCGUAUGGAACUACGCGUGCUGUUAGUGGACUCGCGCGUGUCGCGGGAGACGCGUGCGCUGGUGGUGCGCGUGGCGGCGCUGCGGCAGAGGAACGCGCCCGCCGUCGACCACAUCAUGGACGCGUGCGAUGAUAUAGCGCACACGGCUACUCAGGUUUUGGAAAAACUAUCAAGUGGCAAGUGUGAACCUGACAUCGAGGCUGAUUAUCAACAUUUAGCAGAACUGUGGGACAUGAACCACUGUCUGCUAGCGGCGCUGGGUGUAUCGCACCCCUCGCUGGAGACUAUCCGAGCCGCUGCCAGGGCGAAGGGGCUUGCGUGCAAGCUGACAGGCGCGGGAGGUGGCGGGUACGCAAUGGUGCUCAUACCGCCAUCGACCCCCCGCUCAACCAUAGACUCGCUAACGGGCCAACUUCUAGAGCACGGGUUCAGAGUAAGCGAGACGCGACUCGGCGGGCGCGGCGUGUCGGUCGAGAUGUGACGUCACGCGCGCGGCAAGCGGGCGCGUCGCUCCUGACCCCCCACUUAGUGCGGUCCUGGACUGUGUGCUAGACUGAUUAGUGCGGUGUUAUAGACUUAUCGUGGAAUUGUUGUUGGUGUAUGGAUGGGUUAAAUGGCGGAUACUAAGGAAUUUUGGUAUGAAGAAUGUAUUUAAUAGAUAUUGUAAUAUACAAAAGUAUACAUCGAAAAAAGCUUUAGUAUUACUUUUUUUGCAUAUUGAAUAUGACUUGCUUUUGCAAAUCAUCCACCCUACUCUGAGGGUAGCCAACUACGUCCACCCAGGACAGGGGUCCCUUGAUAUUAACCUGAAUUCGUCCCUGACCUUCACCAAUGACAAUUUCAUACAAAAUAAUUUCAAGUGUAAGUUACGACUUACGUCAUAUCAAUGUACGGUGUGUGUAUUCAUUAUAAUAAUGAAAACUUGUGUGUGUGCAAUAAUGACAAUUCCCAAAGAUGUGUGCGUCCGCUCGGGUUCUAAACAUGUGUGUUUACAAGGGUGAGUGGGAGCGUUAGAUUCUUAUGGCGCUUAUUAUUAUGGUCAUUUAUGACCCAAUAAGAACUUAGAGGGUCGGUAAUGGACAUUUUGCCCGGUUUCAAAAUGUUGUCAAUUGUAUUUUAGUUCGAUUUUUUAAAUUUGGAAUCGUUUGAAAUAAUCAUAUUUGACAACCAUAUAUCGGAUUAAAGUCUGCCGUUGCCUCAACAAAAAAAAACUUAAUUACUAAACACGUACAUUAAAAAAUACAAAGGACUACGCGGUCCACGAACCGACGAACAUUCCAAUAUGCUACAAAGCAUAACACAUGUAUUUAGAAUUCAAGCGUCAUUUACCUUACGAGUCGCUAACUGCGGGUUAGUAACUUGACAAAGCGAGUACAGUAUUGUACGAAUAAUAUAGUGAAUAUAUAUGAAACAUUCGAAUACUGUCGGAACCCUGAUUAAUGCUUGGGUGAUGGACUAGUAACUUUAUAGGCUUCUAGCUUUUGCCCGCGUCUCUGACCUCGUGAAAAAAAAAACCGGGAUAAGAAAUAGUCUGCAGCACUCAAAAGCAAUGCAGCUUCCUGUUAAUGAUUUUUUUUUAAAUUGGUUCAUAGUUCCAGAGGUCAGUCCGUACAAACAAACUCAAACUUUUCGUAUUGAUGAAAGUCUUAACUCAGUACAUAUUUUAAAGCGAUAUUUAGGUUCAUUGCAUUUGGUUGGGUUCACUUGAGAUCUAGCAACUAUGUUUGAGUUUUUCUAACCUAUAAACAGACACGACUAUCUCAGAACUAAGAUUUCGGUCCAUAAUAUUACGUCUUUUUCUGUGAUAUUGGACGUGAGCUACAUCUCUUUCUACCCAUUUGAGGACAAAACUAUGAACUUAUGUAUUUUUGUAGUCCGUCGUCCCAGCAUUAUUUAUUUCCGACCUUAGUACCUAGAACUUAAAAUUCCAUAUGUGCGCUAAAAUUAUAAUAAAAUUUAUAUAAUAUUGUUUAAUGUAUUCGUUUAAUUUAUUUUAAUGUUUUAGCACAUCUUAGUUUACCCACCUCUUUGUAUUUUGUGUUUCAAAAUUAAAUGGAUUUUGAAACGCUCGUAUAAACGAAUUUUGCAUGUAUUUAUUUUAGUUUUAAUUUUAUUUUUUAAUAUUUUUAGUCAUAUUUAUUUGCAGCUGAUUAAUGUUAAUGGUUAACAUAAGAAUUCUUUUUUUUUUAUUUUUCCUUAUUGUAUGUAAAGUCAAAUAUGACAGCUGUCAUUUCUGUCAUAUGCAUGUUUAAAUGUAAACGGUUAAGAAUGUUUCCAUUGACUUCCUGCAACGUUCUUAUUAGCACUUGGUUACGAAGUUAUGUUAAGAAUUGAAUAUAUAAAGGUAUUUUCUAUGAAAUAAUAAAUAAUUUGAUUGGAUUAUAGUCUGAUUUGAAGUUUCUACCAAUUUAAAGCAAUUUUGAUCCACAGUCAAAUGUUUACAUGUAUCUUUCCCUCCAGGUUGGCAUCUUGAUAUUCAUCUUCAAAUCUUUGUCUUGUGCAAAGUCCGCUCAUCCAAUGUUAUUGUCAUAAUAAUAAUUAUGCUUAUCAAUAAUUCUGAUAAUUAUUCGGGUAUUUUGUUGGCAAGUUAUGCCUGUGUCAAAAAGGCUUUUUAUUUUUUAAUUAGAACAGGACCUUAUUUAUUAUAAUUAUUUAACAUAAAAAGCAUGAGCAGAGAUUUUCCAUGUUUUUAGAUGUCGAUAAAUUUCCACUAUAAGGUCCCUCAUUUUCAUUAAAAUCUUUUUUAUUUUAUGGAUUUGCUUAGAGUAAUUGCCAUAGGCAUGCAUAGACAUAGCAGUUAUAUUUCUAAACAUACUAUUCCGAUAUAAUACCAAUGAAAAUAUUCCUGAUUUGUACGUUAUUGAAUAUACGGUUUUAAUACGUGUAGCGUCUGAUAUCCAAAACUUUGAUAGGUACACAAAUUACCUCUAAAAUACACUAGGCUAUUUAGAAGGUCGCCGUGUUUUUGUGUUUUGUAAUAUCCUAAAUAGCAGAAAGAUAGCAAACGAGUCACCUGAUGGUAAGUAAUUACUAAUUAUUACAUUAACAUUAUCGCCGGCAUUUUUACUUCGAAGUGAGGAUUCAAAAGGUUUGUUUUGAUUCUCCUAAAUUAUGAAUGUUAAACACACAUUUUGUAGUGUGAAAGUAUUAUCGAAUUGAUUUAAUUCGAAUAUUCCUUUGUAUACGUAUGAAUUAAAAGUCCCAGUUACUGGGGGGUACAACCACGCUAAUGCAUGUCUUAAUGUGGACUGUGUCGAGCGUCAGAACUCUGCAAAAUUUAGAUUGUCAUUUAUUUAAAUGUGUAAAUAUUAAAACAAAUUUGGAAUUGUAAUAAAUGUGGGAUGUAAGGCUUGUGUGUGUAAUAAUUUAAAAUGCGUAGCCAAAUUAAAUAUUGGUUAUAGAUAAAUGUAAAUAAAAUAGUAAAAUGUAAAAACGUUUAUGUAUUUUACAAAUUAAAACUAAAUUGUAUAAAAAUAUUCAAUAUCGACCUUAUAUUAAAAAUAGAAAGAUACUGUUUAUCACUUCGAAAAAAAACUUUUUUAUAUAAUUUAUACGUAUUUAUUUUUUGUUCUAUCUAUCUACGUCAUUGACUAUGAAAAUAUGGAAAACAGAUAUUUCUAUGAUUCUUUCGAUAUUAGUAUCAUCUUUCUUUUUUGAUAAAAUACCAAAAUUUAAAUAAUGCAGUUUUUUUUAUUAAAACAAAAUGUAUAUUCACUCGUUAAAAACGAAUAGUAUUGUAAUAGUAAUAAUGCAUACAAGCCCUUUGCCAGGAGGGGGUAAAAAAAUCUUAAUAAUUACAAAAAACAACAUUAAAGUUGUAACUAAACUAGAAAACUACUUCAAGUUUAUAAAAACCGAAAAUUUCUUUAUUGGGUCCCCUACCCCCCACACAACUCCUGAUUACGGGCCUGUUCACCAACGUAUUCUACUUAGUAUUAGUAAUGGAUGUUUCUAGAUUGAAUGUUAUAUUUAUAUGCCGUUAGUGUCGCUCAAUGAUUAGAAUAAAUCGGUGCUAAAUGUAUUCUAGAAUGUUGAGAAAAUGUUUGAUUAUCGAACGGAAUUAAACUGUUUAAAUAGA